AUGCUUGACUGGUGGAGUUCGGAUGGGCAGAUGCAGUGGUUGAUGGUGUUUGAGUUGGUGAAGAUGUGCUGGAGUGUUGAUGGCAGGAGCUUAACUGAGGUGGAAAUUAGGAAGUCAUCGGAGCUAAUGGGUUACUGGAGACAAAAGGACAGUUGUAGGAUUUUGUCUAGAGGUGGCAAGAGCUUGUCCCUCUGGUUGCGGGAGCUUUUCGGGCUGCAGGAGGAGAUUUGUGCCUCUGGUUGCAGGAGCUCUGUUGCAGUGGACAUGGAUGUAAGGUUGACAUACUUUGAUGCGGGUGGUUUGGGAUUUGUCCAAGAAGUGAUCCAAAAUGGCGUCAAAGUUGGGCUAAUGAGAUCAUCACCUAUGUGCUUCAAAUAUCCUCCUCCUGUGGGACCCAUUAUUUCGAAGAUAUCAUCUGGGAAAUUCACAUAA